AACUACAUUACCCAUAAUCACCGCGGUGCUUGAACGCGUCACUAAAUCAACAUGGCGGCGGCUAGGGCACUCGCAAGAGGUGUCCGAUUGGGUUCAUAUAGCAUCGGUAGAAGUCGCAGUUUCAUAUUUAGCAGUGUGUAGAGACGAGGAAUAGCAGCUUGCGUUGAUCCCUCUAUAGGACUCACAGAUGAACAGAAAGAGUUUCAGAAGGUGGCAUUUGACUUUGCUGCCAACGAGAUGGCACCACAUAUGGCAGAAUGGGACCAAAAGGAAAUGUUCCCGGUGGAGGCCAUGAGGAAAGCCGCCCAGCUGGGGUUUGGUGGGAUUUAUGUGAACCCUGAUGUUGGGGGGUCGGGACUCUCUCGUCUGGACACCUCUAUCAUAUUUGAGGCUUUAUCCACAGGCUGUGUCAGCACUACCGCAUACAUCAGUAUUCACAACAUGUGUGCCUGGAUGAUAGACACAUUUGGAAACAAUGAGCAGAGGGAGAAAUUCUGUCCUGAUCUGUGCGCUAUGCAGAAGUUUGCCUCGUACUGUCUCACAGAACCUGGUAGCGGGAGUGAUGCCGCUUCGCUUCUAACCAGCGCGAAACUCCAAGGAGAUCAUUAUAUUCUGAAUGGCUCCAAGGCGUUCAUCAGUGGAGGUGGAGACACAGAUGUUUAUGUGGUCAUGUGCAGGACAGGUGGGAAGGGACCUAAGGGCAUCUCCUGCCUGGUGGUUGAAAAAGGGACCCCGGGACUCAGCUUUGGCAAAAAAGAGAAGAAGGUAGGUUGGAAUUCGCAGCCAACCCGAGCCGUGAUAUUUGAGGACUGCGCUGUCCCAGUGACUAAUCUGCUUGGAGCAGAGGGGGAGGGCUUCAUCAUUGCCAUGAAAGGCCUAAAUGGAGGCAGAAUUAAUAUUGCUUCUUGCUCUCUUGGAGCAGCACACGCAUCUGUGCUUCUGGCCCGAGAUCACAUGUGUGUGCGGAAACAGUUUGGAGAAACACUAUCAAACAGCCAGUUCCUGCAGUUUAAGCUGGCUGAGAUGGCCACUAAGCUGGUAGCUUCUCGGCUGCUGGUGCGUCAGGCGGCGGUGGCUCUGCAGGAGGGGCGACCAGACGCGGUCUCGCUCUGCUCAAUGGCCAAACUCUUUGUGACAGAUGAAUGUUUUUCAAUAUGUAACCAGGCUUUACAGAUAUAUGGAGGUUAUGGUUACCUAAAGGACUAUGCAGUGCAGCAGUACGUCAGAGACAUUAGAGUACAUCAGAUAUUGGAGGGUAAUGAUUUUUUGUCUUAUAAAAAAUAA